AUGGUGCGCACUUCACUCUUUGUGUCGCUCGUGGCGGCGGCCGCCUCUGCUCUCGCGGCAGACGGUCAUAAGCAGGUUGUCAAGACGUUCGUUCCUGGUGCUUAUAUUUUUGAACUUGAGGAUGGCCAUGAUCCUGCUGCUUUUGAACAAUCUGUGGGCAAAGAUGGUACUACCCGAAUGAAGCUCGAUUACGACUUAUUCAAAGGUGUUUCGGUUCAAUUGCAUGACAUUGACAAAGCCGAGGAAAAAGCAGCGAAACUCGCCGCAACACCAGCGGUCAAGGCUGUGUUUCCGGUCCAACUCUAUAAUAUGCCCAACCCUCGGGUCGAGUGGAUUGCUAAGAACACCCCCAAAGCACCGAGCCGUCUCCUCUCCUCAAGGGCCGAUGAUAAAACCGAUGUCUACCCUCCUCACGUCAUGACCCAGGUUGACAAGCUCCGUGCGAAGGGCAUCACCGGCAAGGGUGUCAAAAUUGCCGUUGUUGACACAGGUAUUGAUUAUAAGCAUCCUGCUCUAGGUGGCUGCUUCGGCAAGGGUUGCCUGGUCGCUUUCGGAACAGAUCUUGUCGGUGAUGCCUACACGGGAUUCAAUACUCCGCAACCCGAUGCUGACCCCAUGGACUGCGGCGGCCACGGUUCUCACGUUGCUGGUAUUGUUGCUGCUCAACCCAAUACAUAUGGUUUCACUGGCGCCGCUCCUGGUGCCACCUUGGGUGCUUAUCGAGUAUUCGGCUGUUCUGGCCAGGCUGGAAACGAUGUCCUGAUUGCUGCAUUUAACCAAGCAUAUCAGGACGGCGCCAACAUCAUCACGGCCUCCAUUGGUGGGCCGAGCGGAUGGUCCGAGGAGCCUUGGGCUGAGGCAGUCUCACGUAUCGUCGACAAAGGCGUACCUUGCACUGUAUCCGCCGGAAAUGAAGGAGCAGAGGGUAUUUUCUAUGCUAGCACUGCAGCCAACGGCCGUCGUGUCACAGCCAUCGCCUCUUAUGACAAUGUUCAAACACCAACUCUUUUGUAUCACGCCAAGUACCAGAUCGACACCGGUGCUGAUACCCAGUUUGGCUUUGUUCCUUCUGAACCUGCCAACUGGGAUGGUGUUACCCUUCCUGCUUGGUCCAACAACUUUGACCUUACCGUCCCCAACGAUGGCUGUGAUCCCUUCCCCGCAAACACUCCUGAUCUUAGCAAGUACAUUGUUCUGAUCCGUCGUGGUACUUGCCCAUUUGCCCAAAAGGUCAACAAUGCCGUGGCUAAGGGCGCCAAGAAUGUCAUUGUAUACAACAACGUUGCCGGUGCCUUCCCAAUGGAUCUUACCGGCGUUCCUGCAGGUGCCAUCAACGCCGCCUCCAUGAUUGACGACAAAACCGGCGCCGUAUUCAUCAAUGCUCUCAAGGCAGGCAAGAAGGUGACUCUCAAGAUGAUUAGCGCGCAAAAGACUACUUCGGACGUUGUCACUGUCAACAACACACUUACUGGUGGCGCUCUGAGUUCCUUCACCAGCUGGGGUCCAACUUGGGAAAUGGAUACGAAGCCCCAAUUUGGCGCCGUCGGUGGUAACGUUCUUUCCACCUACCCGCGCGCCUUGGGUAGCUAUGCCGUCCUCUCCGGUACCUCCAUGUCCUGCCCUCAGACUGCGGGUAUAUUGGCUCUCAUCCACGAAGUCCGUGGUACUUAUGACCCUGAGCUCAUCCAAAACCUGCUAUCAGCCAAUGCCAACCCACAACUGUUCAACGAUGGCACCAAAUUUUACGAUUUCUUAGCUCCUGUUCCCCAACAAGGUGGAGGUCUUGUCCAGGCAUAUGAUGCCGCCUAUGCCACUACCAUUCUUUCUCCUUCAAGCUUGUCCUUCAACGACACUGACCACUUUGUCAAGUCUCUCAACUUCAAGCUCAAGAAUACAGACAAGAAGAGAAUUACGUACAAGAUCACUCAUGUUCCUGCCAUCUCUAUGUACGCCUUGGGCGCCAACUCGAUUUAUGUUGACCCGUUCCCCAACGAAGCUAUCAAGGCUAGCGCUACCCUCAAACUUAGUGACACUAGUUUUUCUCUUAACGGCGGACAAUCUCAGACCAUCAAAGUCUCAGCUACCCCUCCUCAGGGCUUGGAUGCUGCCCGACUUGCUCUGUGGUCCGGUUACAUUGUUAUCAAUGGUACUGACGGUACCUCUCUGUCUCUGCCUUACCAAGGUCUCACCGGCUCUCUCCAUAAGUCGACUGUUCUCGCUGCCAAAGACACAUGGAUCUCCAAGUCGACGGACAAACAAUCGCAGCCUGUACCUCCCAACUCGACCUUUUUGAUUCCUGCGCCUGGAAACACUGGUGCCAACGACACCCUUCCCCAACUUACGGUCAGCUUGGCGCUUGGAUCCAGAAAGCUCCGCGCAGACAUCGUACCCAUGACUACUUGCCCUCCCAAGAACCUUACAACCGAGUUCUGGGGUACCAAGACCAUUGGUCAGCCGUACGGUUUCCCCGCUCUCUGGGGCACUCGCGGCCUGAAUAACUUCCCUUGGGAUGGCCGUCUCGAUUCUGGCAACUAUGCUCCUCCCGGCAAGUACAAGUUUGUUGUGCGUGCCCUGAGAAUCUUUGGAGACGAGAAGAAGAAGGAGGAUUGGGAUGUUAGCACGUCGCCAGCCCUCUACAUUAAGUACAAGUAG